AUUUUUGUGUAAUUUCAUUAAAAAAACAAACACUGUGAAUUAAAAAUGUUUGAUCCUGAAUUAUUUAUUAAUUCAAUAAAAGCGCGCCCUGCUUUAUAUAACACAAAAUCGAAAGUUUAUAGAAUGAGACUUGUUACAGAUGAAUAUUGGACUCAAAUUGCUAACAUUAUGAAAAUGGAUGUCAAAGAAUGUAGAACAGUAUGGGCUGGUUUUCGUUCAUCAUAUGCAAGACAUCUUCAAUUUAUGAGGAAAAAUAAAGAAGGCCCUAAAGACAAACUGAUAAAACCCUGGUACCUUGCAGGUCACAUGUCCUUUCUCGAUGAAUAUAUGAAAGUGAGACCAAAAAGACAAAAAACGAAUAAUCCAAAUCGUACAGCAACAACAAAAAUUGAUGAUAAUGAUAACUCAACAACAUCAUUUUCAAAUAUUGAAUAUAAGAGUGAAAAUCGAACAAUGGAUGAAAAUCUGAGCUUGAGUUCAAUAAAAUCUGAAGAAGAAUCAUUAGGAUCUGAAAUUGGUGAAGAAACAACGAUUUCUGUGAAAUCAGAACCUGACGAAGAAACUAAUGAAGAAGAGUUAACAAAUUUGAUUGAAGAUUUGGUAAAAGAAUCUGAAGCAGAAGAAAAUCCUAAAGAUGAUAACUUUUGUGUGAAAAAGUCAGAGAUAGAAACUACUGAUGAGGAUCAAAAAGAAACACAACCUGCAAAGCGAAUUAAAAAGGACACAUCUGAAUCGAGCCUUAAUGCCAAGGAAAAAUCAAUUCAAUCACGUGAAGAAUCAGUCGUGACAUUUUUUGAAAGCUUACUUCUCGAUAUUGGAAAGUUGUCUGAUAGAAAUUUAAGAUUGUUUAAGGAAGAUGUCUUAAAAGAUAUGAACAAAUAUCUAGAUGAGCAAGAAAUUGAUGGCUAGAUCUUGCUUGAAUACUCUAUUUGAGUUCGUUUAUUUGGUUAAGUUUUGAUAUUAUUAUUAACAAGCCGUUUCUUAUGCAACAUUAAUCCUUACAUAGUUCUAAGUUAUUUGAAAUAAUUUAAAAAAAAUGUUUUAUAAAUAAAAACAAAUAUAUAUUUUUAUCUUUAA